AACAUACUCAAUGUCUAUAUGUGCACUUCCCCAUUAUCUGAUGCGUUGCUUUUCACUCCCUAAAAGGCCAGAAACAAAGUAAUCCUAUCUGAGUAGCCCAGCGGAAGCCUCUUACCUGUUCGACGAAAUGCCUCAAAGAGAAUAAUCAUCCAAGUUCUUUCACAAUCUACGAUUCUUGGUUUAUGGGAGUCUUCGUUUUGCUGGUAUAAUUUAGCCUGAAGAUUGAAAAUGGAGAAAAUAAUGGUGUUGCAGAGUAAUCCAGCUUCCCUAUCCACACAGCUUUCCACAACUACAACUACUUAUAACUGCAGUUUAGGCUGCUCCAAUGUCAUCUCUUUCAGAUUUCCCAGAAGAAUUAAUGUAGUCAAAAUUUGUUAUUUUCACAAUUUUACUAAAAGGACUAACGUAGUCAACUUAACCAAAGCUUCUUUUUGGGAAGAUCCUGAUGAUGGCAGUGAUAGUGAAGAUGAAGAGGAAGAACAAGAAGAAGAAGAGAAUGAAAUGGAAGAGGAAGAAGAAGAUAUGGAUGUUGAGAGUAAGUGGGACUAUGGAGCAGAAAAUAAAACAACAGCUAAUUCUACAAAUGGGUUGUCUAGUAGCAACUCUGAAGAGGAGUUUAUGAAAGAGGUUGAACAGCUUUUGAGCCCAGAAGAAAGGGCAAUUUUGUACCGCAACCAAACUCCAGAGCUGGAUAAGAUAUCAACUGAAAAAUGGAACCCUCUUCACACUUUUGCAUUAGCAGGGCAGAUACGAUUUAUGGAUAAACUUCUAGAGGAGGGUCUCGAUAUUGAUGUUGUUGACAAGGAAGGGCGAACUGCUCUCCACCAUGCUGUUUUUGGUAAAAAAGAGGCUGUUAUCAGUCAUCUUCUAAGAAAAGAUGCAAAUCCUCAAGUUAGGGAUUUGGACGGUGUUACCCCGCUUCAUUAUGCAGUUCAAGUAGGAGCCAUGCAAACUGUCAAGUUGUUAAUCAAAUACAAGGUUGAUGUGAAUGUUGCUGAUAAUGAGGGCUGGACGCCGCUGCAUGUGGCCAUGCAAAGCAGAAACAGAGACAUAGCUAAAAUUCUUCUAGUCAAUGGAGCAGAUAAGUACAGGAAGAAUAAGGAUGGCAAUACACCCCUUGAUCUUAGCCUUUGUUAUGGCAAAGAUUUCAAGUCUUAUGAUCUGGCGAAAUUACUGAAGCUCGUUCCUGCUAAUAGAGAGCUGUGAUUCGCUUCUACAGUUUAGUCACAGUUCCAAGAGAUUGAUCUUCCAAAUAUUCAAGAAGAUUAGAGCCAGAACAUUGACUUUGCCGCCCCAGUUUUGCCGCCGACAGAAGAAGAAAAUGCAGAUCUCCAAUUAAGGAGGAAAUAUUAAGCGUGUUAAGAUGGAGAUAUUGAAGCACAAGUCAGAUUGACUAUCAGCCAUGGAAUCACUGGUGUAAAAUCUUUGGGCAAAUGUGCAGUCGGUCAUAAACUAUCUACUUUUAUGGUAUACAUGUCUCAAUAUCAGGGAGUUGGAAUUUGGAAAGUCAUGAAUUCUACAUACUUCUAUGAAAAUCUCUUACAACUUC